UCAGGGUGCUUAGGUUCCUCAUGAGACUGAAGCAGAUUAAACAUUCAAAGUCCCCAAGAAGCUCCACAGCACACUCACACAUUUGAAGGUACUUUUUUUUUUCUCUGUUGCAUAAUAAUGGAAGCAGUUACAAGGAUGGUAGCUGACAGACCAGUGGUGAUCUUUAGCCGGACCACAUGUUGCAUGAGCCAUACCAUCAAGACACUGAUAAGUGGGUUUGGGGCAAAUCCAACAGUUUACGAGUUGGACGAAAUCCAAGAUGGGCAACAAGUUGAAAGGGCACUGCAGCAGAUGGGAUGUAAGCCCGGUGUACCAGCUGUUUUCAUAGGGCAGCAACUCAUUGGGGGUCCCAAUCAAAUCAUGACCCUCCAAGUGAAGAACCAGCUUGUCCCAAUGCUCAUGAGAGCUGGUGCCAUAUGGAUUUGACACAGGCAUGCCAUAGCUUUCUAUAAACAAAACUCAAAUAAAUGAUAUGGCUUUGUCUGUAUUUCCUAUUGGUUUCUGUAGUAUAUACAAUGAAAAUACUGUCAAUGUUUAGAUACUUUUUGCAGAGCAACCCUUGUACACCGUUUUUGGGGCUGGCCAGGAUUAUAGAGUCAUAGAAUUUUCCUUGGUACUAAAUUUAGGAGGAACUUGUAUUAUAACUUGGCCAUGUAAUAUCAUCCUUGUCUAUGCUAAAAUAAAGCUAUAAAAAUAUAUCUACUAUUGUAUGCUGCA